UCUUAACACUACCACGUGGCAAUCACCCAUUAGCGCCGACCAUUUCCUUCCCUCUCUUGUAACACUUGAACGGAGUCUUCUUCUUCACUUUCUCUCCUCCUUAGUGGGAUUUCUUCAAUUUCAUCAUCUUCCCGAAAAUCCCAUCUAGGAUUCCGGUAACAAAAAAACAAAUACCCUACGAAGAAAUUUAAUCAUGAUGGGCUCAUCAGUUUGGAGCCAUCCAAUCUUGUUGCAAUCAGGAUCGAUCCAGGGUAGAAAUGUUACGGAGCUCACACUGCGCAGUGUUAUGUACACCAUGCCGGUAGCAUUCAGGCUGCAGCCGGUGAACAAGCCCCGGUACAGUGUCAGACCCCAAUCAGGGAUUAUACCGCCACUCGUGACAUUGACGGUUGAGAUUGUUUACCAUCUUCCUCCGGGGUCAAUGCUUCCGGACAAGUUCGCUCACUGUGAUGAUUCAUUCCUUCUCCGUAGCGUAGUGGUUCCCGGUGUUGCAAUCAAGGAUCCGUUGUCGACUUUUGAUGCUGUACCAAAUGAGUGGUUCAUGACAAGGAAGAAGCAGGUGUUUAUAGAUAGUGGGACGAAGGUGAUGUUUGUGGGUUCCUCUGUUUUGGUUCAUCUUGUCAUAGAUGGGGCAAUGGAUGAAAUCAGGAAGAGUCGCUCUGGCUCCACGCCGCUUGAAGCUGCUGCAACUGCAGGGGAAGCCCUAAUUGUCGAGCUUUUAUUGGCUCACAAGGCCUGGACAGAGCGGUCUUCCAAUUUGGGUCCGAUCCACCUCGCUGCUGGGGGGCCCUUUGGAUCUGGACUUAGCGACGAGCAGACGGUGAAACUGCUGCUUCAGAAAGGAGCCAACAAGGAAAUCCGAAACAAGCUGGGAAAAACCGCCUUUGAUGUUGCUGCCGAGUACGGCUAUGCCCGCCUUUUUGAUACACUAAAGCUCAGAGAUAACUUCUGUGUUGCCGCUAGAAAAGGGGAGACGAGAACCCUUCAGAGGUUGAUAAAAAAUGGGGUAGUGAUCAAUGGAAGAGAUCAAAAUGGAUGGACGGCUUUACACCGAGCAUCAUUCAAGGGAAAAUUGGAAGCAGUGAGGGUUCUGAUAGAUAAUGGUGUUGACAUUGAAGCGAAGGAUGAAGAAGGCUACACGGAUGUGACUGCAACGAUUGGAGUUCCUUUCGGUAAUGGGAAACCGGGGAAGGAGGUGGAGAGCAAGAUGGCGGAGAUGAAGAGGAGGGCGGGGAGAGCGAGGGUGUUGAGGGGUAGCUUUGAUAGGUCAUCCAUGGCACCUGUAGCUGUGCUUUAGGUGGAAAUUAAUUAUGAGGUCUUUUUACUUCCUGAAUUCAUGAAGUUUCGAGAGCUGGAACUGAAUUCUUCUUUCUCGUGAGAAUUUGUGAAAAGUUUGCAUAAGAGACCCAUUAUAUCUUUUGUAAGUUCGAUAAAUUUAAAUACGGCGUUUUGAAAGGCAACUUAAUAAAAUUGGGUGAAAGGU